GGUUCCGUCCGUGACUUGUGGAAUCUCGGCUCGCUCUUUUCCAAAUCUAGCCACUGAAUUCCUGAGCUGAGACUACCAGCAGUGUCAGGAUCUAGCUCUCAUUCUCUUCGCAGUGUCAGAGUAUCCCUUGACCCGACGUUCACCGCGUGACCCGUUUUCUCUGCUUAUCCCAGACUUUAUUUCAUUCCGGUUCCGCUGUCGCGAUUGUUGCGUGGCUGCUCGACCUCCCGACCGACGCUGUUUCCGCGAGCCGUUUUCGCAGGCACAUGCGAGAACCCUACUCCGGUUACCAUUUUCGGGUAAUCGUCUCCAGUGGUACUACCGAAGUCCCAUGAUGGAUGGCGGAAACCGGCGGCACGACGAGAGAGGAUAGUUGCGGCGGUGCUUGAAUGAGAGUCUUUCACGCUGGGGAUACUCGCAGAUUUACACGAAUACCGCCACUCGUUCUGCGUUAGUUCAGUUCAUUCAGUUCUCGGGGAAGCAAGGGAGGAAGGAAGCAGCAGCGGCAGGAGUGGGAUUUCAGCCGGAGUCGUUGCACUUCCUGCAUUCAAUCCUUUCCCCCAUAAGGGCCGCGAGUCUCGCCACGUGUCUUUUGUCCGGAUCGACGGUCUCCUCCUACUAGCGACGGAAGCUCCCUCAUCCAACAACGCACAGGACUGCCAGUUGCUGCUGCUGCUUUUGUGGUUCUGGCUGCUGGCAGACUAGACUAUUAGGCAUCACGAUCAUUAGACGACUAGGGAGUUACUCCAAUAAUCUUCCAAGCCCGCCAGGUUGACCGACCACCAGGCAGCAGCACCGUCGCGUGUGAGCGCGCGCGGCGCAGCGCGUUUCGGCGUAGCAGCAGCAGCAGCAGCAGCAGCAUCACCGGCAGCAGCAGCAGUAGCAGCAGCCGCAGCAGCAGCGGCAGCGGCGCGGAGCGAUGUUUUCGCUGCUGUUCGGGCUGUGGCGGUAUUUCUUCUCCAAGGCCGAGUACCACAUCCUCAUCCUCGGCAUCGACAAGGCCGGCAAAACGACCCUUCUGGAGCGCGUGAAGGGCCUGUACACGGACUACGAGGGCAUCCCGCCGGACCGCGUGGUGCCCACGGUGGGGCUCAACAUCGGGCGCGUGGAGGCGCACAAGGCCAAGCUCAUCUUCUGGGACCUGGGCGGCCAGAUCGGGCUGCGCACGAUAUGGGAGAAAUACUACGAGGAGGCGCAUGCAGUGAUCUACGUGGUGGACGCGGCCUGCCCGGAGAGAUUCGACGACGCCAGAGGGGCGCUCGAGAAGGUGUUGAGACAUGAGGACCUCUUUGGCGCGCCCAUCCUAAUAUUCGCCAACAAGCAGGACCUACCAGAGGCGGUGGGCGUGGACGAGUUGACGCACUGCCUCGAGCUGAGGGACCUCAAGGGGCGGCCUGCCAUGGUCAAGCCCGUGUGCGCCUGUGAUGGCACGGGGGUUAGGGAGGGGGUGACAUGGCUGGUGGAGGCGAUGAGGAAGAGCCAACGAGCAGACCUCAUCAAACAACGGGCCGAGGCUGCUGCUGCCUUCUGAUGUGCCUGCAGGAGGGUUGACAGAAUGGACAGGCAGGAGAUGGGUGCAUAGUUGCCAAUUAAUGAGCUCUUAGUGCAGUUUCCAUCAGCUGCUUGUGAAGGGUGGUGUGGAGUUACAGGGAGCUGGAGCAUUUUCAGUCCUUAUAUCAUGUGAAGGGUGGAGGAGGAGGCUGGCUCUGAAUUUGCACAGAUUGAGGCUGGUAUUACUCAGCUCGAGCACUGAAGUAGUUAGCUGUAUUAUAUGCAAGGUGAUGAUAAGGUCAAGACCGUAUGUUUUGCAGAGAAGAGACUUCAGUGUCCAUUGUAAUGCCAACAUUACCAAAUGUUAGGUCGAAGGACCCUG